CUAAACAUUCAAUCGGUAGUAGAUUUGAAAAGAUAGUCUUCAUUGGAACUAAUUAGUUGCAUGUUUUUAACUUCUUAACAUGUUAAACAAUGAGAAGCUAAGCCUCUACACUUCCUCCAUGGAUCCAAGAAUCUCUUUCUCCAAUGACUUUGUGGACAGUACCAGUACUCAACUGGCCAUGCACCAUGAAAACAUCUACAGAGAAGCUCCUGUCUCUUCGGAUUUCGAAUUCUCUGUCAAAAACUACUCGAUGACGUCGGCCGAUGAGAUUAUGUUCCAAGGUAUGUUGUUGCCUGUGAAGAACAAUUCUAGAAACCAGCUUCGGAAGACCACUUUGAAAGAUGAACUGCUUGUUGAUCAUGAUGAUGACUACGAGGAUAUUUUCUCAAGGCCAACUAAGAGCUUAGCCCGGUGGAAGGAACGCUUAGGCCUCAAGAAAGCCAACAUUUUGUCUAGAAAAACCAAGACCACUAGUGCUGCUGAUCAUGACAUGGUUCUUGAAAGAGUAGUUGAAGAAGGGAACCGUAUCUAUGUUCAUGACACUGCUAACCUCACCAGGAAACAAAAUCAGGAACCAGUACUGUUUGAAUUUGAAGGAGGGUUCAAAUGCAUAGAGAACAAUGCAAUGUAACAAAGAAGAUUUAGAUCUAAAGCGGAGAUGGUACGGUGUGGUUAGUGAUCAGCAAUAUUUACUACGUACAAUUUUUAAGGAAGGAUUACUAUCUUUCUACUACUGCUAAUUUUAUCGUCAUUAUUAGAAUGAUAUUACAAAAAUAUGUUAAGGUCUUGGCUGAUUUUUUUUCUCUCUCUCAUUUUGAGAAGAUGGUGAGCAAGAAAAGAGUAUUUUGGUAGUAGUGGCUUUGUACAAAUAUGUUUUCAAUCUGGAAGAACUUGUAUUAUUGGUACUAUGUAUUCAUCAUGUUAAUGUAUCUAAUUUAGUUCUUUCCUAUUUCAAUGUUGAUGCUGGAUAUGGGUCCUUUUUUUUUUC